AUGGAGACGGCCCACACUGCCGCUACCGGCACAUCUGCCCCUUACGGACAUGCGUGCGCCAACUGCUCCAAGGCGAAGACCCGAUGCAUAUCGCGGGCCGGAGAGCGAUGUGAGAGAUGUCACCGACUGGACAAAGACUGUACUCCGUCCACAGCUGUCAGAAAGCGCCAGGGCAGCAAACCUUCCACGCCUUCCACCAAGCGGGCAAGGUUGGAGGAAAGACUAGAUGAUCUGGUCACACUGCUACAGUCACAAAACGCACAAAAGCGACCUGAGGUCGUGCCAGAUUCAGCCGAGGCUUGCCCAGAUACUCCAGCUCACCCCUGGAUACCUAAGGUCUGGAAAUCGAAUGCGGUACGUCAAGCUGCAACAAGUGGUCUGCAGCCUUCUGGUGAUGUCUCUGCCAAGGAGAGUCUAGCUACAAUCAAUCCAUUUCUGGAACAAAUGGCGAGGACACCUUCAGCGACAACAUCCUCCACACCAGACACUUCGGCGGCCUCAUUGCCACAAUAUGAUCUUCCGCCAGCCGAAGAAGAGCAGCUUCUACUAAGGUUUCGAAGGUUUCAUAUGAAAAGCCUUCCGUUCUUGUACAUCCCUGGUACGACAACCGCACAGCAUCUUCAGCAAACACGGCCAUUCUUCUGGCUCGUUAUUAGAGCUGUGUGCACUAAGUCAAUGACCGAGCAGCAUGCUCUCGGAGCUCACAUUCGAGAGAUACUAGCAAAACAGAUAUAUGUUGAGUUUGAGCGUAGUGUUGAUCUGCUACUAGGCUUGUUGACCUACUUGGCAGCGUCGCCAUGUUUCGCUCAAGGUAGACCGUACAUGUGUGCCAUGUCAAGUUUGGCUUCCACAAUUGUCUUCGAUCUUCGACUGGAUAGGAAGGCACGCAAUGAUUUAACCAAUCUCCCCGGGAUGAAUUGCUUCAAGCUGUAUGCCUUCCCAAAGCCGCCCGUGGCCCUGGCCCCUACGUCGAAAACCCGCACAAAUGAGGAAAGACGGGCAUUGCUGGGAUGUUUCUUCACCACUUCAAUCACAUCCUGUUAUAUGAGAUUUGAGGCCGCUCGGUGGAGGCCUAACCUAGAAGACUCCUUGACACACCUUUGGGAAACUCCGGAAGCUCCAUAUGAUAGGGUACUGGUAGCCCUGAUCCGAAUGAUGAUCAUUGUUGAUGAUGCAACGCGCCUCACAUCAAGGAUGGAUGACUUGGACCCGACUCCGCCGUCGAUGUUCUGCAUAAAGGCACUGCUAGGGUCACUGCAAGAAGUCAAAAGCACCUUUACAGCGGAUAUACUAGGAAACCCUUUCGUCAAAGCCCAGAUGUGCAGUACCGAAGUCCUCAUCUACGAGCUGGCCAUGUAUCAACCGCCGUCGUCACCGCCAUACAAAUCACACGAGUACAAGAGAAGGGAGUAUCUACAAGCAGCAGUCGAGUCCGCCAAGACGUUCCUCGAAACUUUCAUCUCGAUCGACGCCACAGGGUAUCUAGGGUUGCCGUUUUGGCUCCUGAUCGAGUACGCACACAGCUCUCAAGUGCUCUAUCGGCUAUCGCUACUCGACGACCCAGGUUGGGAUCGGAGCAUGGUCAGACAAACCGCCGACAUCAUAUACUACCUUGAGCAGACGGCCGUGAAGAUGGACCAGGCCCACGAGAUGGGUAACUUUGGCGUGAACGGCUCGGACGGGAGUCUGUUCACCAAGGCCGCGUUCGCACUCAGAAUGACUAUCCCGUCGUGGACGGCGAACCUGGAAGCGAUCGGUGCCGUGACUGCUGCGCAGACAGAAGCGCAGACUAUUAGUAGUACUAUUGGUGUACAGAGUACAAAUGUGCAGACCGACCCUAUGCUGAUGGAUUUUGCCGAUGACACGUGGUUGACAGAUAUGUUUGCAUCGUGGGAAGGGAGCUAG